AUGACCACCCUCUGUUCGACCCCGAAUUCCCCGCCUGAGCUAUCGGGCUCCAAAUCCUCCAAGUCCUCCUCUUUCCAUUCCUCCCAGAUCGAUGGCCCCGAAACCAUCUUCACCGACAUUGGCAAUUUCGAAGAAAUUGGUCUAGAAGAUGACGCUGAACUCCCGGUCGCCGAUCCAGCAACCCCCUACGGCCGGUCCGGUCUGGCGGCGCGAUCGGCUCAACGACUGCCUAGCAAAAGUCCAGCGGCCACAACUCGCGAUUUGACGGCAACCCCGAAAUCGAGGCAGCGAAGCCCUCUUCCUCCAAUCCACAAUCAAAUCAAUGGAGCCAUGCGUACUCCUCAGUCGGCUGGCCCCUUGUCUGCGAGACCUGCCAACCGGAGAGAUUCGAGCAGCACAGCCAAUUCGGGUGGACUGACACCUAUUCAGCCUCGACGGUCGCGAUCGACUUCUCCUUUGCGACCAAUGUCCAGUCGAUCCGCUUCCAGCACCAGCUUGGCCCUCUCCCCGCUCUCCGCACGGGUCCCCCCUCAGAAGCAAGCUUGGCAAGCAUCCCGCAAGUCUGUGAAAGACCUCGAAGACGAAUAUCACGAUUCCGACGAUGAGCUCCCGGAUGAUGCCAGUCUCUGGAAUAUUCCAAUUUCUCCUCGCCCAGUUCAAGAACGCGCUCCAUCCCGCAACGCUAGUCCGAAUGGCGGCGCCAGUCCUGGUCGACGGCCCCUUCCCAUCUCGCACGAAGUUUCUGAACCAAAGGACAAGACCCCAAAACCCGGAUCGGCCUCCAAGGCCGCUCGCAUGCAGCGGUCGCAUCGGGCAAGUUCAGCUGGGCCUGAGCGGGGCCAAAUCUCGCCGCGUAACCCCCGUGCCUAUUCCUACAACAGCUAUCUCUCGGAUCUCUCUGAAGAAGCGAGGAUCAUCACGGAAGCUCUGGAGCACCACGCAGGCGAAGAGGAGCGUCAACAGGAGGAAGAUGUGCAGAAUGGUACGGCCCCGCCCAAGUCGAGCUCCGAAUCGCAGGGAGCCGCUGAACCCAUUGAACUACCUCCUGUGCAAAAGUCGAAUAUCAUGAUCGACCCUUUGCCUAUUAGCAAAGAAAAGGAGAAGGUUUUGACGCGAACACGCCCUAGCUGGCUGCCGCCGAAAGAUCAAAAGGAAGAAAAGAAGCAUUUGAAGGAGUAUAAGAUGAUGAUGGCACAAUCUAAAGAAGCUGAGAAACGGAAAGCAGCCCAAGCUGCAUCCUCCAAGUGCGAGAAGGAUACCACCCGAGAUACUCUCCAGAACCUUUGGGAUGAUUGGGUCGGUCCUAACUGGGAUCGUGCGAUACGUGAGCCACGAACUCGGGAACUAUGGUGGCGUGGAAUUCCACCUCGCAGUCGAGGCCUGAUGUGGAGACGUGCCAUUGGGAACGAACUAGCUCUCAGCGAAGAGUCAUUCACCAAAGCUCUCAAACGUGCCAAGGUCCUGCGAUCCAAAAGCGACACUGAGCCAAGUGAAAGCAAUAAACGACUGCUGGAGUGCUUUGAUGCAAUCGAUAACGACGUUUCAAAGGCCUUCCCCGACUUGAACCUCUUCUCGGAGGGCGGACCCUUGCGAGACACCCUGGUCGAUGUAUUGCAAGCGUAUUGCAUGUACCGAAGUGACGUGGGCUACAUCCAUGGCCUUCAUACUAUCGCUGCACUUCUUGUCCUGCAAUUCCCCACACCGUCAUCCGCCUUUCUCGCCAUGGCUAAUGCCCUCAACCGCCCCCUCCCUGUCGCAUUCCUGACCUGGGAUCGCGGCGCGAUGUCGCGAACCUACACCCUCGCCUCCGAUACCCUGCGCUACAAGUUUCCUCGUGUCGCCACCCACCUAUGCGACACCCUUAAGCUGUCCGAUGAGGAGAUCUGGGAGCCAACCUUCAGGUCCCUUCUCACUAACGGACUCGACCUUGAACGUGCAUCUCGAGUAUGGGACUGCUGGGUUUUCGAAGGAGACCGAAUCAUGAUUCGCACUGCAGUCGCCGUUAUGGGCAGCAUCCAGUCUCAACUCUGUUCCUUCCAACAGUCAGAUGACCAAACCCGUCUUUCUGUACGAAACAUCCUCGGCUGGGGCCCCCGCCAUAUCGGCGCGAAUAACCAAAAAGCGAAGGAUCGCCAUAGUGCCCCUGCAGCCGCAGGUUUUGGCGGCGGCCAGGUUUCUAAUCCUGGCGUGGCUGAUUACUGGAUCCUCACUGCUACGGGCGACGAGGACGGUUUCAUGAAAGCUGUACGUGAGGCUGGGAAAGUGCGAUAA